AUGAAGGGGUCUGGUCUCCCCCAAAAGAGUUACCACUUGGUUCAUUUGGGCAGGGUGAACCUGUGUGUUUGCCCCUAUUCCCCCCCCUCCGAUGUGAUAAUACUAAGCGGGAAGAACAGAACAACGAAUGGCACGAUGAAGCGAAUGAGCAGAUGCGGUCGAGUAGGAAGGAGAAAAAAAGGGGUCCUAGUAGGUUAUGACCGGAUGAGCAGUAAGUACCACAUUAGAAGUGAGCCGUUGUUAAGCAACAUAGACAGGUACACGUCAUUGGUAGAAGGAGCUCGAAGCAGGUAUGCAAAGUCAAUCAUUUUACAAAAGGAGAGUAGUCUCCUCCUGAAGGAAGUCAUCCAUUGGGGUUGCAAAAACGAAGAGGUUAACAAAGCGUUUCUCCGUCUGGUGAAGAAUUCCCUACAGUGGAAUGCACUUAACAUUGGAAGUUUGUUCAAUUUGGUCCAUUUUUACUUUACAAGAAUGGAGCAGCGUGGGUCCAAGUUGGGAGGGUCCCCAUCCGAGCAGAAACGGACGCGGGAAGAGAGGAGUUGCCUUCUAUAUAGCCGCCUCCUGCACGCCAUUUUGGUGCAUAUCUGUAGGGGCCAGUUUAGUAGAGAAAAAGCAGCCAUACUGAAGGGAAAGCCGAAAGGAAGAAACGUAAGAGCAGUUUUUUUUUCCCUCUUUAGGGGAGAGGAGAAAAAGGACACUUUUCAGAUGAGGCUGGUCAGACGUAUUCGGGACAGUUGCAAUACCAUCCCCUGUAUCAGUGACCAAACGUUUAUAAUACUUUGUCUGGAGAACGUGCACAUGCUAUGUGUGGCCAGCUACAGAGUAGGGUUCAUGCGUGACGUUUUUUAUUACUCCAAUUUGCUGCUUCACCUUUUGCAGCUACGUAGCUUGAGUGGCCUUUUGAAGGCCAACCAUUUUUCCCUUUCCGCUAGCUUGUGCAUGGCCAAGGCGGCUUGCUUCGUGCUGGCUGGAUCAGGUGACCGACGGAUUCACCACGUGAUGGGGCUGGGCGAAUUGCAAAGCGCACAAAACGGAAUAGAGACGAAAGGCCCGACCAAGGGGGUGCUGAACCUUGAGACGGACGACACUUGCUCCACCAGAUGCUCUACAGAUUAUUCAGAGGAGGAGGGACAAACACUGCUACAAUAUGAGGAACGGUUUUUAUCCUUCCUGUUAAGCGAAGAGGAGACAACCAUGAGGGCGAAGCACGUGGUUGAGCAGGACUACAUCCUUCAAAAGCACGUGCACCACCCACUGUCAUCAGUUGUAAGCAAAUUAAACCUCUGCAUAAGUCACUGUCUCACAUAUCGACAGUACCACUCCUUGGCGGAACUUUUAGUGUGGAGGGCCCGGCUAUUUUACCACGUGGGUUUGUUUAGAGAGUGUCUAUCAGAUGCUAGUAAAGUUGCGUUAAUAAAUCUACACGCAAGUGCUCCAUUAGGAAUUGACACAGACGAAGAAGGAACGUAUAAGUACUCCUGCCUAGGGUUGAUGCUGUCGUGUUUGCAUCGCCUUAACCUCCUGCGUGUGUCUGAUUCGUACCUACUCAUUCCGUUAAUGAGAGGUGGGGCAGGAAGUUACACGUGGAUGGGCAAAACGACCUGCACAGGAACAGAUCAUGCAGAGAAAAACCUUACCUUUAACAAGAGAGAGCAUCCGUACUCUUGGUGUCGAUCCGAAGAGGAUAAAACCCUCCUCCGUGUCCUCCACGGGAAUAGGAAGAAAAUUCCUUUUAUUCUUUGA